AUGUAUAAACCCCUGACUUGGACUUGGAGGAACCUCCUGACGUCUGAAAUCCCCCUCUCCUUGAGGAGUACCAGAGGCACAGCCACUAGGACCCUCAAAUUUGCCAACAAAGUCGCCGUGGUCACAGGAUCCACAAAGGGGAUUGGCCUGGCUUCCGCCAGGCGUCUCGCCCAAGAUGGGGCCCACGUAGUGAUCAGCAGCCGGAAGCAGCAGAACGUGGACCAUGCCGUGGCCAUGCUACAAGAUGAGGGUCUGAGUGUGACGGGUACUGUGUGCCACGUGGGGAAGGCUGAGGACCGUGAGCGGCUGGUGGCCAAGGCCCUGGAACACAACAAGGGUGUGGAUUUCCUGGUGUGUGUGGCAGGGGUAAACCCCCUGGUGGGAAGUACGCUGGGGAGCAGUGAGCAGAUCUGGGACAAGAUCCUGCAUGUGAACGUGAAGUCCCCAGCUCUGCUGCUGAGCCAGCUGCUGCCCCACAUGGAGAAGAGGGGGCAAGGCUCAGUGAUCCUGGUCUCCUCAAUCACAGCCUAUAACCCAGUUACUGACCUAGGAGUCUAUAACAUCAGUAAAACUGCCGUCCUAGGACUCACCAAAACCCUGGCCAAGGAACUGGCACCAAAGAACAUCCGUGUGAACUGCAUAGUACCAGGACUCAUCAAGACAGAAUUUAGUCAAAUUGUGAGACCCAAAGACAGUUCCUGGGCCCAGAAGCACAUCUUCUUCCCCUGCAGAUUGGGGGUGCCCGAGGACUGUUCAGGACUCGUGUCCUUCCUCUGCUCCCCCGACGCUGGCUAUAUCUCAGGAGAGAUGAUCGCUGUGGCUGGCUUCUCCUCCCACCUCUGA